GAGAGACGUGUGUUUGGUUUAUUUGCAUUGGAUCCUUCGCCGAAGUGGGCUUUGAGAGCUUCCACCUUCUCUCUCAUAAAAAACCAUGGAAAAAGCUAAAAUCCAAGGAUUAAGCGCAGAAAAAAUCACUGGGGAAAAAAGGGGCAAAAAGAUGGUGGUUUUGAUGAUUGUUUUUUUGGGGUGUACCCAUUAAUUUCUAUAUCAACCGUCUUUUUCUCGCAUAUGUUUCUCAGCCUCUUUGCUCUCCAGCUUUGGAGACUAGGUUCUUUAAUUGUUCUUGUUGGUUUCUUAUGUCUCAUGAGCUUAUCAUCUUUGCUUAUUAUACUACUCCAAACUGAUCUCUAGCUUCUUUCUCUUGAUGCGCUACUAGCUCGGAAUUCGAAUCAGUUUCCUUCAUGGGUGUGUCCAAUUCUGGGGUGUUCCUCACUGAGAAAGAUCUGACUUCCAUCGGAUUCAAUUUUCUAGCAAAACCCACGUUGGAAUUUCAAGAUGAUGAUCAUGAGUGUGGGAACUGUGAAACUGCACGUUCAGGAGAAGGCAAGUUUGAUAAGAAACAAGAAGAAAAAGAAAGAGAAGAACAAGAAGAAGAGAAAUGCAAGGUGAAGGUAACUCCUAUGGACCUGAAAAUGUCAUCUCUAGCAGAAUUCAAGGUGGAAGAAGAUGAUGAUAACGAUGGGUUCAAGACUCCAACAUCUGUGGAUCACAAAAUCCCAUUGAUCCUCCCAUGCCCACCUGCACCAAAAAAACCAAAAUCCCUUCCAUCCACUAAACGGAGAGCGGCGGGGCCUAAUCGACGAGUCCUACUCGAUCUCUCAAACGAGAUUCAAUCACUGUUUCCUCCUGAUUUCGGUGGCAAAUCUAAGAGACUCAGGCAAGGUGGAAAAUGAUGUUGCUCUACAUCUUUUUCAUGCCAAGAAAGCAAAAUUAUGUUACUGAUAAGUAUCUAUGAAAAUUUUGUUUUCGUCCAUCUCCAUUUCCAUUCUCAGUUCUAUCCCAUUUCCUUCCUUUCUGGUUAAUCGAGAUCCGAUGAUCACUCUGCAAGUUCGAAGCUAGUUUCAAAAAAGAAAACAAGAAAAAGAAAAAAAAAAUGGAGGUGGAAGGUGUCUGCCUUGGAUUCGAAAAUGGUUAAUGGCCGGCAUUGACUUUCUGUAAAGAGAUUAGGGGGGUUGAAUUUGACUUUCCCAAGAAAAGCAAACAUCCUCCAUGGUUAUCAACAGGUCUCCUACUAGUUAAUUUCUUCUUUGUUUUCCCUGAAUUCCUACCACAGUCCUAUAUAUAAAACAGCGAAUAAGUUAAUGGAUGCAGUGAACGAAGGUGCCUGUUCCAUUUUUUUUUUCUCCUUUUGCAGAAAGGGUAGAUGGAGUGAGAAGGGUAGACAGGCCUUCUGAGAUUGAAUAUUUUUAUGAUAAAGAGGAUUGAUAUGAUUCUCUUGGCAUGUAUUUUGGUAGUAAACUGCAUGUUCUUCUGUAGAAUUUAGAAUGAUAAUUAAUGAAAAUUAGACAUAGAUGAUGAAA